AUGCCCGUCCUAAGCCGCAGAGGCCAACGCCGCCCAGAAAGGCGCAUCGCCGAUGACGAAGAAGACGACGACUCCAGCUCCCAGAACCGCCUCCCAGAAUACGAACCCCUCUCCUGCCCGCUCACAGCGGAAGCGAAGCGCGCCAUCGCAGACCUCUCCAACAGCCGCGACGUCCACCGCUACGAGAACCACCUGAAGGCCUCGAUACGGCACCUCGGCUUCUCCGUCGUGGGCAUCAACGACGCCGUCCGCAUACGGCACGAGGCCCUCGCCCGCUUCGCCGAGAAGCGCGCCGAGUCGCAGUCGCAGGGCGUGGACAGCAAGACGGACCUCGACAGCCAGGAUAAGCCCCAGCGCGAGCUCGACAUCGAGGCGCAUACCGCCGCGCUGGACGAAGAAGUGCCCCGCCUGACGGCCGAGGCCGAGACCGCGCUGCGCGAUCUGAUUGACAGGCAGACGGAACUCCUCGACGAAAAGGCCGCGCUCGCGGACACGGUCAACUACUUCCAGACGCUCCCCGAACAGGCGCCUCUCCAACGCGGCGGGCGCACACGGGCAGAAGCCAAUGGCCGCGGCGGCGGCGACCCGGAUGAGGACGACAACGACGCGGCGGACGAGAGCGUGCUACCGCCGCCACCAGAGUACUCCGUCAUCGACAUCCUCCGCCAGCAGCGCGCUGAGAAGCUGACGGAGUACGAGCGCAUGACGGCAUACCAGCGCUACGCCGUCAACAACGACUACGCGGCCUUCAAGAAGUUGUGGCAUGACGCCGCGCACGGCGACGCCGAGGUUUCCUUGCCAAACGCGAAGCGCUGGUUCGACGAUGCCGGGAACCCCGUCAUGCCCGUCGUGUCCCGGGGCGGUGGAAAUGCCAAUGGCGAGCCGGCCGCAGCUGCGGAGGCAGAUGAUAGCGACGAUGAUCUCGUCAUUGCAGGAGAGAAUAGGGAGUACAGGUGUCCGUUGUCCAUGCAGCUGUUCCAGAACCCCGUCAGCAAUAACGCGUGCAGCCACACGUUUGAAAAGGCGGCCAUUACAGAGUUCCUGCGUAGGUCGCCGGGUCAUCGCGCGCAGUGUCCCGUGGCUGGCUGUUCCAAGGAAAUCACUCUCACGGACGUCUAUGAUGAUCCAGUUAUCCUGCGCAAGAUGAAGCGCGCUUUAGAACAGCAACGCCGUCGGGAGGAGGAGGAAGAAGAGCGAGAGGACGACAACUCGGACGGAAACGGAGAUGAUGAUGAGCCGCGGGUGGUGAAGCGGGAGGGUCGUUCCGCGGGGAGGAAGAGGCGCAAGGUAGAGGAGAUUGUCGAUGAUGACGAGGAGUGA